AUGUCGGCCACCUUCAAGUCGAUCCGCUCGCUCCAGCCCCUCUUUGACCGCGUCCUCGUCCAGCGCUUCAAGGCCGAGACGAAGACCGCGACCGGCAUCUUCCUCCCUUCGUCCGCGACCCAGUCGCCCCUCCCCGAGGCGACCGUCAUCGCUGUCGGCCCCGGCGCCACCAGCGCGGACGGCAAGGUCGUCCCCUGCUCGGUCAAGGAGGGCGACCGCGUCCUCCUCCCCAGCUGGGGCGGUUCGCCGAUCAAGGUCGGCGAGGAGGAGUACCAGCUCUUCAAGGACGGUGAGAUCCUCGCCAAGAUCAACGAGUAA